UUCGCUUCUUUCACUCCUUCUACCACAACAAUUUUUGCAUCUCGGAGUUUGGGCGUAGGGUAUUCCAUGUCUGGUUGAAUUCAGCUGAGGUUAAAUGGCUGACUGAGAUUCUUCCCAAUAAUGCUUUACGGAGCUCUUGGACCUUCUCUAGAUAUGAGGGAGGAAGGAAGGCGUGCGCUUGACUCCUUCUAUGGUAAGAUUAUAGUCUCCAGCACUAACAAUUCGCAGGCCAAGGCGGAUGAUUCCUUUUCAGCCUCUGGUAAUGAUGAGAGAUCUGCUAAGGCACUGGCUUCCACUAGUUUCAAGGAGAUUCCUUCUUCUUCCUGCAACCAUGUCCCUUUCUCCUCUUCCAACACGGAAGAGAAAGCUUCGGACUCUAUUUUUCUAAUCAAGGAGGGGACCAAUCCUGAUCCCAAGGACAAGAAACUUGGAGACAUUUUUUCCCAACUUUGGAUUCAAUUCUUACAACUUAAUGUUGAUAAGCUUGCAGCUUUUAUAGAUGGUUCUGAUUCUCCUUUAAAGGCUCAAAAUACAGUGGAGGAGGAACCUGGUUCACCUAUUGAGGCUCAUAGUAAUUUGGAGCAAGCCUCUUUAGAUAAGUUGGCUUUGGUUGAAUCUUUUGCACCUAUACAGGCUAUUUAUCCUUUAGUGGAAAAUUCUCAGUAUGACCACUCCUCUGUUCGUGCUUAUCACUCUGAUUCUGAAAUUUAUGUAAAGGAGGACAACAUUGCGUUUCUACCUUUCUUCAGAGAUCAAACAGAAUUUGAUCCUGAUCCGGAACCAUAUAGAGAGUGGUAUCCUGAUGACGGUAUUGAGCCUGAUGAUCAUCUUCGACGUUGGGGAGGACCUAAAGGACUUAUGGCAGCCUUAAUUCGUAAUAAUGAUGAGGGCAGAAUAAUUUUUGAAAGAGGUUGUGUGUGUGGUUCCAGCCCACCUGCCCCAAGGAGAAGCUUAAGACUUGCUAGGAGAAGGCAACUCCCCUCUCCCAUUCGAUCUGAGUGCUCUAUCGACACUGGAGAAUAUUGGGGGUCUUGACUUUUGUUGCUCGAGUUGGGAGGAGAGGUUCAUGUUUCAUUUUCUUCUUCUUAUUGGGUUCCACAUCCAGUUUUGGAUUACUGUUAUUUUGCUUCUCUUUUGCACUUUUGGUAGUCCUUGAUAGCAUAUGACCCAUGGGUUUAAAGGUUUAGGAAGUUUGAAUAGGCAGUCUCGAGUCCCUGGCUUUGCUUCAGG